AUGGCGGCUCUCCUUCUCGCUGCUCUCUCCUCUCGCUUGCUCUCAUCUCGCUGGUCCUCUCUCUCGCUGCUUCUCUCUCGAACUUCUCUCAUCUCUCGCUUCUCUUCUCUCGCUCUCUCUCUCUCGCUGGUCCCUCUUCUCUCGCUGCGCUCUGUCUCGCUGCGCUCUCUCGGCUUCUCUCCUCUCGCUGUCUCCUCUCACUCUCAAUCGCUGCUCUCAUCUCGCUGCUCUUGCUUUGCUUCGCUGCUCUCUCUCGCUGGCUUCUCUCUCGCUGCGCUCUCACGCUCGCUGCUCAGUCCGUCUCGCUGCAGCUCCUCUUCCUUCGCUGCUUCUCUCUCGGCUGCUCACUGCUUGACGAUCUCGCUGCUCUCUCUCCGUCUGCUCUUCUCCGCUGCUACUCUCUUCCGCUGCUCUCAAGGAGAAGUCCGCGUCGCUGCUCUCUCGCUCGGCUGCUCGCAGCGUGCUGUCCGGUCUCUCGCUCGCUGCUCUCUCGCGGAUCGCUGCUCUCGCUCGCUGCUCUCUGGGCUCGCAUGCUCUCGCUCUGCGUGCUCUCGCUCGCUGCUCCUCGCUCGCGCUGGCAGGCUCGCAUCUCUGCUCUCGCUCGCUGGCGUCUCGGCUCAGCUGCGCUCCGCUCGCCUGCUUCUCGCAUCGCUGCUCUCAGAUCGCUCGAACUGCAUCCUCGGCUCGCUGCUCUCAUCCUCGCUGGCUUCUUCUAUCUCGCUGCUCUCCAUCUCGCUGCUCUCUCCUCUCGCAGGUGCUCUCUCUCCUCGCUGGCUCUCUCUCUCCGCUCUCCUCAGCUGCUCUCUCUCUCUAGGCUCGCAUGUGGAGCAGAAACGGACCCAAGAGAGAGUCCUGUAG